UGCACAGAAAAUUAAUUGAGCCCUGAUUGACGCAGUAAUUUGGAGUAUAUAUUUUGCAGGGUAAGUUUACUCCACAGUAGUAAGCUUGCUGUUGAGUUGCUGGUUGGCACGCAUGGCGGCGGACGGCGGCGCGCUGAAGCGGCUGUUCGAGAAGCCGUUGCCGGAGAACCCGACGCUGCUGGAGGCGCUGUCGGCGUGGAACCACACCCACCACAAGAAGCUCGUCGACUCGGCGUCCUUCACCGAGAUCUUCGGCGAGCUCCACUUCCAGGAGAAGCAGCACGACCACGUCGCCGCGGCCGUACGCGCCGCGCGGCCCUCGCCGCCGCCGCCGCCGCCUCCUCCUCUGCCUCGCCGCACGGUGUCGUGGCUCGACGUCACCGACGCGGUCGCGGCCGACAAGAGCAAGGACGACUCGUCGCUGGACGCCCUCCUCAAGGCGCCGGCGAGCGGCGGCGCCACCUUCAAGCGGAGCGCGAGCUUCUGCCUCAAGAGCUCCAGGUCGCUGCUGCUCUGCACCGAGGGGCUCGGGUCGGAGAGCACCGUGGACGCCGACGACAUGGUCAAGGACGGCGACAACGCCGACGUCGUCGAAACCUCCGUUCACGGCGUCAACGAGAUGGACGUGGAUACCAGCGACGCCGUCGCCGACGACACCGCCGGCGAAGGGAAGGAGCAGCGGGCGCCGCCGUCGUUCCCGCCGCCGAUACGGUCGAUCGGGCGCGGCGGGAAGCCGUGCGUGUGCUUCCGGUCAGUGCGCGCGGAGGGGAGGUUCUUGCUGCUGGAGGUGGUCAUCCCCGGGAAGGAUCUGCUGCAGGCGACGCGGGAGGGCGGCCGGCUCAGGCUGCGGUUCGCCGCCGCCGCCGCGGCCGUGGGUGCGGGCGCCGUCGACGAGGAGAUGCAUGGAGAAGAAACAGCUGCAUGCAUAGGCCGCGACACGUUUGCUUAAUUAACUGCUACUACCAUACUAUCUUGUGUGCUAAUACAUGCUUAUAUACUUGUGAACUUGUGAUGCAUCUUCACAUACGUACAUACAUUCAAAUGUCAUAUGAACAUAUCGUUCUACAGUGCGUAUGUACAUGGAUGAAGGAACAAUGUGUUAUCUAAUUAAUAUUUUCUCACUAUUUUAAUAAAUAAUGCAUUUAAC